AUGCAAACAUCCGAAGAAUCAUCAACAACAACAAAAGAGGAAAUUCCAUCAUCAUCCACCCCAACCGAAUUAACAAACUCUCGGAAUCAUCAAGACGAAAAUUCCAGCCCAUUAGCUUCAUCGCAGGUUUUAUCUGGAGUAGUGGAGAAUGACAAGCAACAAUCAUCUGGACAUAACGGAAUGACCAAUACUCAACCCACGACGUCAUCAGCGACGACCUCACAACCAAAUGCUCUUUCUCCAAUGACUUCGACUCAUCAGCUCAAAAAGAUGAACGAAUUUGUAACUCCUUUGAAUAAUUUAUCAGAGUCACCAAUGUCAUCCUCUCUUAUCAUGCCAGAUAAUACUCAAAAGACCACAAAGACAUCCUUCAAGUUUUUCCUAAAACCUAAACAGCGUAGUUUGAGACACUUGAGAGCGAUCCAUGUCAGAAAUAUUCAGAGUCAAGAAGUUGUGUGCUCGUUUGCUAGUGUCUAUAUUGGAAAUGAUGCAGAAGACUCACAUCUUGAGCUAUUAUUCAGGACUGGAGUUUUGGAACAAUCAGUUAAUCCAUCCUGGAAUUUUGAAUUAAACGUUAAUCCUAAAUUUUCAGAAAACAAUGAGAAUAGCUCGACGGAUAAUGGAAGCCAAAUUACUGAUCUCGUGGUAAAAAUAUAUUCUGUUAAAUAUUCUCUGCAAAACCAGUCGAUAUUGCAUUUGCAAGAGACCACACAUCCAAAUGUUGACUUGGGAGAGGAAUUUAUUUGUGAAGAGCGAUUUAAUUUUAAUCGGUUGAACUUUGUUGGAGUUACCAUGAAAGAUUUGAUACUGAGUGAACUACCUGUCAAUUGCAUUUUAUUGGAAUUUGUUGACGGAGUUUUUAUUUCCGAAGACUUAGAUUCAGUUCUUAAAAAACAUGGUGUAGGAAAUGAAAAAAUCACAAGAAAGAGUUUUAGAGUUGACCAGACAUCGCAUGAGGUCAGUGUGGCAGAGCUGCAACAUGCUGUCGAAAAAUUAUGUGGAACUCAAUUGGCAAUACAAGAAUCUCAACUUAGUAUUGGAGAGAUGCAGGAGAGCAUUAAGGCUGAGAUAGAGAAGAGGCAAAAAAUCAUUGAAAUCAAACAACAAAUAGCUCUUAGAAAGAGUAGGAUAAAAAGACUGAAUGCUGUGAUUCAACAGACAAAGGAAUCGAUCGAUAAACGAAAAACUCAACUUGAAGAAAAGAAGAACGAUUUGAAGGAAAAACAUCAACAAUUGCUAGAGUCACAACAAGAUUUAUUGGAGCAACGAUUGUCUCUUUCACGAGAGCAAGCAGGGUUUCUUUCUACACAAAAGGAAGAGCUCUCCAUUUUAGAGCAAAAGUUUAGACACAGACAAGCAAUGAUCGUUCAACAAUUGAGUAGCAUUUAUAUGAUUGGCCCUCAUCCCCAAAAACAAACAAACGAUUUGUAUAUUAACGGCUUGACAAUUUGUAGAGGAGAGCAACCAAAUAAUGACGAUGAAGCAGCAAGUGCACUUGGAUUUGUGGCUCAUUGUGUUCGUAUCCUAUCCAAGUUGUUCCAAAUUCCUCUCAAGUACCAAAUUUAUGCAUUAUCUUCACGAAGUUUUGUCAGUGAAGAGGGACAAAAUGAUCAAAAUGUUUUAUUACCAUUAUUUAUGCUUAGAGGAAGUGAACGAACAAAAUUUUACAAGGCGAUCAUUCUGUUGAAUCUUAACCUGCAGCAUAUUUUGAAAGUGAAAGGAUUUAAGAGACCGAUGAAAAGUGAACGUAAAUUCGAUGUUCUAGACAAUCUUCAAUUCUUGUUUAAGAAUUUACAGAAAUAA